AUGUUAUCAAGUUUUAAAUCAGCAUUUGGAUCAACACAACCUCGAAAAGCUCCAAGAGGUAAGCGAAUUAUAGGAGAAUAUGAAGAUUUAAUACCUCAUGUAAAAAAUGAUUUGAGGAUUAUUAAAUCUCAAUUGGAUCAAUAUCAAAAUAACAAACUACUUAAUAAAUUAAACUCGUUACUUGAAGAGAAUCACAAUAGACAGGUCAAUGAUCUAGAAAAAAAACAUCAAGACAACCCAGGAUACUACAAAAUUCAACUAUUUGAGUUAUUGAAAAAACAACUUGAAGAACUUUGUAAUUUAUUGGAUAUAUUCAAGAACAAUUAUACUCAUUCAUUAUAUGACAAUAAUUUAUUAAAUUUUAAAAAAAAUCAAAUUCAACAAGCAUCUAAUUCUAAUUCAAGUCCAAUUUCAUCAAAUCAGCUGUUAAGUUCCUUAUCAAUGAUUCAAGUCAAUGAUGAAGUAAUCACUGAAGCACCAGAUUAUUUAUUAGAUCCAAUAUCAUUUGAAGUAUUAACUGAUCCUGUGGUGACACCUAGUGGGAUUACUUAUGAAAAACAAAAUUUACUUCUUCAUAUGAAAAAGAGAGGAAAAUUUGAUCCCAUAAGUAAACAACCAUUAAGUAAAGAUCAAUUAUACCCGAAUUUAGUCAUAAAAGACUCAGUCGAAGCAUAUAAAGUUGAGCAUGGAAAAUAA